GGGUUCUAAAAUAAAAGAAAUUAGGUUCCUGCCCGAGACGGCGUACGGCGCGGGAGGGAGUGAGCGCCGGCGAUGGCGACCCCAGCGAAGGUGGUGGCGGCGGGGCAGAGAGACGAGCUCGCGGAGUCGCUGGCCGAGCUCUUCACCAACGUCUCCCUUAUGGUCCGCGGAGAGCUCCAGGGGACUAACAACCAGCUAGCACUACUUGAAAAGAUGAAUCACCGUGUGGCAGAGGAAUACAAUAACAAUGGAGACGUUGCAUCCGGCCUUCGAGUCUUUGUAGAGCAACUGAAUGAGAAAAAUCAACGGUUUGGCGAGUACACAUCGCAAAUUGAUGCAAUAGACAAGCAGGUGACGGAGUUUGAAGCAGUGGUGUCCAUGCUUGAUAAGCAUGUCUCCCUCUUGGAAAAGAAAGUGAAGUCUGCAUAUCACAUCGCUCCUACACAGUGAUUCAUCCCCAAACAUUGCAAUUGGAUGGCCAAGUUGUGGUGUUACUUUCUGGCAUUUGUUCCUGCUUGUGCUUGCAGGACCAGGAUCCUAAUUGACGGGAUCAUACUUAAGACCCUAAUCAUGCAGUGCCCAGUGUGUAGCUCUGACUGUUGGACCGGCAUUCUGAUCUGCACAUUCUACCAGGAUUCCAACAAAUUUUCAAUUCAUGGAAUCGAUCUCAUGGACUGGUCAAUGACAUGUGAAGACAGUGGAGCUGAAGCCUCUGUCACUGAAAUUUCUUGAUCUGGAGCGUUUUCACAUGCAACCGGUAUCAUGCUUCCAAUCAUUGCAGUUGUAACUUGUAAUGCUGGACCGAUUUUCGAUUGCAACGUGGUUGUCCCGACUCAGAGAUCUCCGACUCCAAAUAUUCUACACAUUAAGUAGAGAAAAUCAAGGAGUGCAAUAUCCAAAUGUUACCACGAAUUUUUUCUUUUCAUGCUCAGUGCACCAGAAUGUUUCGAUCCAUAGGAUAUGUUGAGAAAUUGGGAGGGCAACCUUGGAGCAAACCUUCUUGAA